CAUAUAUAAUCGAGGAUACCUGCAGGAGUUCAUUCAUCAUAUCAAAACAUCUCAUUCUAGAAUUUGAAACAGCAAUUAAAAAAAAAGGGUGGGAGAAGAAAAAAAGAAAAAAGAAAUGGCAUCCAUCAUUGUUCCUGACCAUUUUUCUGCUGUAGAAGAUGCAGAAGUUCUCAGAAAGGCUUGCCAAGGAUGGGGAACGGAUGAGAAGGCAUUGAUAGCAGUGCUGGCACACAGGAACGCAGUCCAGAGGAAGCAAAUCAGGCAAGCCUACGAGGAGCUCUACCAUGAAGAUCUUAUCAAGCGCCUCGAGUCCGAGCUCUCCGGGGACUUCGAGAAAGCAGUGUACCGGUGGAUACUGGAUCCGGCGGAUCGUUAUGCAGUGUUGGCCAAUGUGGCCAUAAGGAAAGGUGUUCCCGAUUAUCACGUGAUAGUCGAGAUUGCUUGCGUAUUGUCUCCUGAGGAGCUGUUGGAGGUGAGGAAGGCCUACAAGCUUCGCUACAAGCAUUCCCUGGAAGAAGAUGUGGCUGCUCACACCAGCGGCGACAUCCGCAAGCUCUUGGUGGGCCUCGUGAGCGCAUACAGGUACGAGGGUGACGAAAUCAAUGCCAGGCUAGCAGCAUCUGAGGCUGAGAUUCUGCAGAAUGCGAUCAAAGACAAGGCAUUCAAUCACGAGGAAGUGAUAAGGAUAUUGAGCACGAGGAGCAAGUUGCAGCUCAUAGCCACCUUCAACCGCUACAGAGAUGACCAGGUCACUUCCAUCACUAAGAAUCUGUUGGGCGAGGAGGGAAAUGAGUUCACAAAAGUGGUGCGCACGGCGAUUCGAUGCAUCAAUGAUCCAAAGAAGUACUUUGAAAAGGUCCUGAGGAAUGCAAUCAAAAGGGUGGGAACUGACGAGGAUGCGCUCACACGUGUGAUCGUGAUGAGGGCUGAGAAGGACCUGAAGGAGAUCAAGGAGCAGUACUACAAGAGGAACAGUGUCCCUCUUGACCAGGCGGUUGCUAAGGACACUUCGGGUGACUACAAGGCCUUCCUGCUGGCUCUCCUGGGCAAGGAAUAAGCAAUCGAGUUACUUCAUAUCUAAAUCGGGGAUGUUGUGCUUUUGUUUCUGUGGUUUUGUGGGAUUUCCGGUUGCUGAACUUCUUCGAUAUGCUGAGAGUGUUUCAAGUUUAAUGGCUGUAUGAACCUUUACCUUUAUAUGGAGUAUGCAUUAAUAAAUUUCUUCAAGUUUAACCAACA